UUUAUCCUAUUCACUGUUUCUUAAAUUUUAUUUCCCAUUACCUCCCAGGUUGCAUAACCAUAUAUAAAAAUAGUCAAAAGCUCAUGUGCUUUAUGUAUUGUUGCCUAAAUCUCCAUCAUAUUCCCAUUACUGUAAUUAAUUAAAAAAACACAGUGAAAAUGAGUUAUUUGCAUCUUUUCAUUUAUUUCAGACUCAAAGAGUAAAACAGAAACCAAUGAGUCAACUGCAAAGAAUGACAUUUCCCAGGAACAUUUGUAUCAUGACAUUAUGAUGGAAAGGUUCAUAAGGGAUGAUAUCAUUUAUUCCACAUUGAAAAAAGUUUCCAGAUAUGAUGAUGUGUUAGAAAAGCACCAGGAAACCUGUGGAAGAAAUGUGAGACAAGCCAUUUUGACCCAUAAGAAGAGAGUCCAAGAUGUUCACAAAUACGGGGAAAUUAUUGUGAGUUCAAAUAUUUUGGAACAGAAGCAUCAUAAAUGUGACACACCUAGAAAGAGGAAAAAAUACAAAUUAGAUUUGAUUAAUCAUCCAAUAAGUUGCAUAAGAGCAAAAAUCUAUGAAUGUAAUAUAUGUGAAAAAAUGUUCAAACAACCCAAUCAUCUUACUGAACACAUGAGAAUUCAUACUGGCGAGAAGCCUUUCAGAUGUAAGGAAUGUGGAAGGGCCUUUAGUCAAAGUGCAUCUCUUAAUACACACCAGAGGAUCCAUACUGGUGAGAAACCCUUUGAAUGUGAGGAGUGUGGCAAAGCCUUCAGACAUCGCUCAUCUCUUAAUCAGCAUCAUAGAACUCACACUGGGGAGAAGCCUUAUGUAUGUGACAAAUGUCAGAAAGCUUUCAGCCAGAACAUUAGCUUGACCCAACAUCUAAAGACUCAUUCUGGAGAGAAACCUUUUACUUGCAACGAAUGUGGGAAAACCUUUCGACAGAUUAGACACCUUAGUGAACACGUAAGAAUUCAUACUGGGGAGAAGCCCUAUGCAUGUACUGCAUGUUGUAAGACCUUUAGUCAUAGAGCAUAUCUAACACAUCACCAGAGAAUCCAUACUGGUGAAAGACCCUACAAAUGUAAGGAAUGUGGAAAAGCAUUUAGACAGAGGAUACACCUUAACAACCAUAAAACUGUCCAUACAGGAGUGAAAGCAUAUGAAUGCAACCGCUGUGGGAAAGCCUAUAGGCAUGAUUCAUCCUUUAAGAAACAUCAGAGACAUCACACUGGAGAAAAACCUUACGAAUGUAAUGAAUGUGGAAAAUCCUUCAGCUAUAAUUCAUCACUAAGUCGACACCAUGAAAUACACAGGCGGAAUGCCUUCCGAAGUAAUGUGUAAAAAAAAAAUAUUUAUUCGAUGAGAACAAAAGCCACAUCUGAAUCAGUGAUUCUUAGCUUUAAAAUUUCAGGACUCAAAUAAAUUUGAGAAGUUGAUUUAAUGAUGGCAACUUUAAAUUUUGCCUGUUGUGUAAAUAAACAUUACAUUAAUAACUA